GGAGUUUCGCGGUGCUGAUCACUAAGUUACCCUACUUCGCUCUGGUAACUGUAAACAGUUGGUAUAAGGGAUAGUUAAGGAUUUAGUAUUCACAAUAUUUGCCACGUAUAGUAACAUACAAGAAAUUAGUUAGGAUUUGUUAUUUUUUCGAAGUUGGUUUGUGAAUAGUACUACAAUGACUCGGCAUGCAAGAAAUUGUACAGCGGGUGCAGUGUACACGUAUCAUGAAAAGAAAAAAGAUGCUCAAGCAUCUGGAUAUGGCACGAAUUCGCAGCGAGUUGGAAAGGAUUCAGUUAAAGAUUUUGACUGUUGUUCUCUCACUUUGCAGCCUUGUGUAAAUCCAGUUGUCACGUCUGAUGGUUACCUGUUUGAUAAAGAAGUAAUUUUGGAAUAUAUUAUAACAAAAAAGAAUGAAUACUGUCGAAAAUUGAAGGAAUACGAAAAACAAAAACGGAAGGAAGAGGCAGAAUUGGCAGAACUGGCAGCAGCAGAAGAACGGUCAAAAUUGAACAGCUUUUUGAAGACAGAGAAGAACAUUGUCAGUGCUCCAGUCAAAGCUUUCAAAUCAGACCCGUUAAAUAUUGAGAAGCCAUCUGUGUCUAACAUGACAGAGGGUCGAGAUAAACAUCUACCCAGCUUCUGGAUACCGUCCAAAACUCCUGAAGCCAAGGACAAGACUCUGAAGAAACCUGACAGGAAUGUAUACUGCCCUGUAAGUGGGAAGCCUCUGAAAGCCAAAGAUCUGAUUGAUAUAAAGUUUACACCUGUGAAAGAUCCUGAUGAUAAGAAGGCUUUAAUUGUGAAACAGAAUCGUUACAUGUGUGCUGUGACCCAUGACAUCCUCAGCAACUCAGUCCCAUGUGCAGUUAUCAAAACUACGGGAGAUGUAGUCACAAUGGAAUGUGUUGAGAAGAUAAUCAAGAAGGACUGGUGCCAUCCACUUACAGGAGAGAAACUGAAAGAACAGGAUGUAAUUCCUCUGCAGAGGGGAGGAACAGGAUAUUCUUCAACCAACUUGAACCUGGAAGGGAAGCAUGAACGCCCUGUAUUGCAAGCUUGAAGCAAUAAUGUGGGUAUUUGAAAGUGUGUUGUAUAUAAUUGAUUUUGUAUCAUAGUUCAGAUUUUUGUAUUAUUUCAAUUUUAUUACUGAAAAAUAUAAUUUGAUUUACUUGCCAUGUUCAGGUGUAACAAAAGUUUUGUUAUGGAAUAAAUUAUGGAGUAUACUUUAACAGAAAUGACUACCAGGAAUUAAUUAAAUAAUUUUCCUGGGGAGUAAAGCGCGGCCAGCGCGUAGGG